AUGUCAACCUCGGCCGUCACCAAGAAGCUGGUCGUGUGCGGAGGAAACGGCUUCCUCGGGUCGAGAAUCUGCAAGUAUGCCGUCGCAAGAGGCUGGAAUGUCACGUCCAUCAGCCGCUCGGGAGAGCCCAAAUGGUCCGCCGUGACCUCAUCGCCGGCCCCUCCUCAAUGGGCACACCAAGUUUCCUGGGAGCGCGCCGACAUGCUCAGCCCCGGGAGCUACGCCCCGCUCCUCAAGGGCGCCGACUUUGUCGUCCACAGCAUGGGGAUCCUCCUCGAGGCUGAUUACAAGGGCGUCGUCUCCGGCCAGGAGUCCCCCAUCUCGGGCCUGCAAAAGGCCUUCGCCCCCGUCAAGGACCGCGGCGUCGACCCCCUCAAAACCUCGUCCGAGGGCGGCGAUCUCAAGACCCCCAACCCCAAGGACCAGUUCUCCUACGAAGUCAUGAACCGCGACAGCGCCAUCGCCCUGGCCAAGCAGGCCAACGCCGAGAACGUAAAGGCCUUCGUCUACAUCUCGGCCGCCGCUGGCGCCCCCGUCCUCCCCGCACGGUACAUCACCACGAAGCGCGAGGCCGAGAGCACCAUCGCCAGCGAGUUCCCGCGCAUGCGGGGCAUCUUCCCGCGGCCGCCCUUCCUGUACGACAGCUCGAGAAAGUUCACGCUGCCGCUGGCGGCCAUGACCGGCGCCGGCGCCCUCUUCAACAGGCUGACCGGGGGUGUACUGAGCGGGUUCAUGGGCGCGAGCGGGGUGAAACCCCUGCCGGUCGAGACCGUCGCGGAAGCAGUAGUGGAAGCGCUCGACGACGAGAAGGUUCAGGGCCCGGUUGAGGUGCCGGAGCUCGAGGAGCUGGCGAACAAGGGUUGGAGGAAAACCAUGCUGUGA